UGUUUCCAGCAGCAUCCUUUGACUGUGCAAAGGUAAAACUCACGCAAACCAACGACACGCGAACAAGCCACUGGUUAUCCACGCGCGGUGCGAUGCCCACCCCCUUGCUUUUACCGAAUAAUUCAGCUGUCGUUUAACACACAGACCGCUCGGCACACAUUUCUUUUGACCGACUCGAGGACCGCAUUACUAUUUCAACAUCAACUUUACUGGAUGGAUGCCAUGUGGGUUUUAUUCAGGAUUAUUUCAUCAGCUCGUGAAUGAGUGCAGUAUGUGAUGGUGAAGGAGCAGUAUGGAGUGCUCGUGGAAGACUCUGUUGCUGUUGGUUUGCACAUCUUUGGGGGUGCAGUACACUGCCAUCCGCUCCCUUCGUGACUCCUUCAGUGGCCCAUGCCAAGACUCCACCCACUGCCAAGGACGCCAAAGUAAAGAGCAAAGAUUGAAAUCUCUUUGCGAAGACAGCCAUGUCCCUGCAGAGUCCAGUGGUGCCGCCGCUCGGAAACACAUCCUUCUAUUUGCGCAAACCCGCAGUGGCUCAUCAUUUACCGGACAGCUUUUCAAUCAGCAUCCGGGCAUUUUUUAUGUUUUUGAGCCUCUCUAUCACGUCCAGCAGGUCUUUACCAAUUCGAGCAGUCGUCUGCAAAGGGCUUUAGAUGGCAGAGCUCUUCUGGGAGCCUACAGAGAUCUUCUUCUCAAUCUCUACAACUGUGAUUUCAGCUUCAUGGAGAAUUACAUUCGCCCGGAACCGCAAGAUCACAUGACAGGGGCGUUUUUUCGUCGCAGCUCGAGCCACGCCCUCUGCACGCCGCCCGUUUGCCAAGAGGGGAUUGAGGAGAUUCCAGAAGGCCAGCCAGAUGAAGCCUGGUGUCCCAAAAAGUGCCAAGCCCUGAAUCUCUCUCUAGCAUCCCAAGCGUGCCAAGCACGGAGCCACGUGGCCUUAAAAACGGUUCGUAUCCCGGAGGUAGGAGAUCUGCGUACGCUGUCAGAGGACCCCCGUAUAGAUUUAAGAAUCGUUCACUUGGUGAGAGACCCCAGAGCUAUCCUUGCAUCACGCAUGAGUGCCUUUGGAGGUAAAUUUAGAGCAUGGAAGAUCUGGAACGCUACUGGCCGCCAGCCACGGUACGUGGACCUGACACAGAUCACCAGGACAUGCAGAGAUAUCGAGUAUUCAGUGGAGACCGGCCUGCAAAAACCUCCAUGGCUGAAGGGGAGAUAUCUAUUGGUACGGUAUGAAGACUUAGCCUUAAACCCUGAAAAGAAAGCUAAGGAGAUAUACAGAUUCCUGGGGAUGGAUUUGCAUCAUCGAGUCCUCACAUGGAUUGCUCAUAACACCAAUGGCACUGCCCCAUCAUCUUCAGAGUGGAACUACAAGUACUCCACAACAAGAGACUCCAAAGCCACCGCUCAGGGCUGGAGACUACAUUUAAACUUUGACAUUGUUAAAACUGUUCAAUCCUUAUGUAACAGAACUCUUUCAUUGCUAGGCUAUAAGCUUGUACGGUCUGUAGAUGAACUGAGAGAUAUCACAAAAAGUUUAACGUAGUAAGCAAAAAAGGAUCUUGACGCCAACUACUCACAUUUCAUAAAAGAACUAUAUUUGUUUUGUUCUGAUAACGUUCAUAUUAAUUGACUGGGCCCUGUUAAGCCAUUUCUUUCGCUGGAUGGCAUUACAUAUCCUGCAUGGUGAAUGCUUAACUUAUGAAUAGUGCUUUGGUCAUGACUACAUUGCUGGGUAACCUUCAGCAUCUCCUCACUUCAAGUAAUCAAUUUUCAUGAGCCAAUACAUUAGCAUAGCAGGAUUCUCACCCAAAAUUCACCCAGAGCCCUCAUUUUUAGUUUGUAAAUCAAACAUUCAUUGACGUGACCAAAGAACAACUACAAACAAAAGCACAAAUGAAAGCAUGUAUAGUCUGCACGAGCCCUUGAAUAUAUUUACGUGUAAAUGCUAAUCAGAUACAAACAGACUGCCUAUGACAUGCACACAUGCAUUUAAAAAGGGAAAUAGUCAGUCGGGCUAAAUUUACGGUGCCAUCACAUAACUGCCACGUAAACAGUCAAGCAGAGAUCUGACACGCAUUAAACAUCACUCAUGACUAUCAAUAAGCUUUCUACCUG